UUCAGGAUAUAAAUCUGUUGGGUUUAUCUAUGCAGAUGGAGUGAAGCACUGAAAGGAGCUCCCGUAUCUUUUUGCGCACCGCUCAGAAAUGAUGACCGAGCGACGAUGUGCACCAACCGGAAGAUCAUCUGGAGUUUGUUGGUUCUGUCGGUGCUGGAGAUAGGGCUCGGGGUGUCCAGCAUUGUCCUGGGCGCGGUGGGCAUCAUCCGGGCGAAAACGGAGCGCAAAACCCAACAGGGCGACGCAUCUCCGGUAUGGAGCGGAGUGUGUUUUCUCCUCUGUGGAAUGUGUGGCAUGCUGUGUGCACGGAAAAGAACGGGACUGAUCAUGAUCUUAUUUUCCUCCUGCUGUAUUUGCGGGUUAAUCGGUGGAAUUCUGAACUUCCAGUUUGUCCGUGCACUGGUCAAGCGUCCAGAUACCAUGCGCUCUCUUCAUUUGGCCGUCAUGUCUCUAGCAUGUCUCGGUAUCAGCUGCUGCACUCUGUCCACCUGGUUGACCUGCAGGCUGGCCAGCAGCGAGCAGCAGCGCAUGUUUUUGGAGCGAGAACAUUCACUACAUCACUCGCACGAAAUGGCAGAGAAGGAGGUUUUGGACAACACCAGCAACGGCAUUUCUCAAAUCUCCUACAGCGGACGGAGCGCCUCACCAUGACAGCUCGCCAACGGUGCCAUGCCCACACACUUAUAAAAGUGCAGUUCUUUCAUAUAAUUGGUUGAGGCAGGCUGAUAAAUCUACAUUCUGAUUGGCUAAAUCCGCUUGACAGUUUUUCAUACUGAUUGGCGGAGCCAGGCUGACACUUCUACACUCUAACCAUCUGAGUCAGUGACAUCCAGUAGAAGUCCAUUCAGAGAGCAGACGCAGAGGGAAAUAACAAUAUUGAAUCAGUGUCCGGUUACCUGAUGACCUCAGGAGAAGUCAGUGCAGAAAACCUUGAUAACCAGCGAACAGAAAACGUUCCACUGAGCAUGAAAUAAGCAUGCAAAAUAAUCUCUUGCUUUCUCUUUCUUCAUCUCUUUCUCUCUCUCCCUGUAUCUAGAUAAAGGGAAUGUUGAAUCUGAAAUUGUAAUCCUGAAAUUGUAUGUUAUACUGAAUGCUCUUAUUCAGACUGA